GACAAAAAAUGGAACACACCAGCAGUGUGAGGAGACCUGAAAGUGGCACAUGGCAGAGUGUGGCGAUGGAGACAGCAGCAAUGGGAGGGCCGUACAGGGACCCAUGAGAGACUCUGGACCUUGCAGCAGCAUGAGGAGGCGGUACGGGGGCCCAUGGCAGAUUUACGGGCCUGGCAGCAGCAAUGGGAGGCCGCCGUAAUCUGCCAGCACCCUAUGACAAAAUGGAACACACCAGCAGUGUGAGGAGACCUGAAAGUGGCACAUGGCAGAGUGUGGCGAUGGAGACAGCAGCAAUGGGAGGCCGUACAGGGACCCAUGAGACACUUUGGACCUGGCAGCAGCAU